AAACCCUCCAUUACCAUCAUCUCCGGCCGCGUAUGGUACACUAGCUAGCACAAGCAUACAACAACAGCAACGUCGUAACCUCUUCUUCCCUAACCAUAUCCCCACUCCCAUCCUCCGAUCCUGUUGCCGUUUUGUCUUGUCUUGAUUAGUAGCUGCAUCCAGAUACAUAUUUAUACAUCCACACCUGUGCAUGCUUUCCUGAGCUAAUCGACGAUCACUGAAGAUUGAUCGGACGAGCAGAGGCCAGAGGCUGAGCUCGUCGAUCAAUGGAUGUCGACGGCGGUGUGGUGGCAGCGGGUCGGGCGGAGAUCGACACGAGGGCGCCGUUCAAGUCGGUGAAGGAGGCCGUCGCGCUCUUCGGCGAGAAGGUUCUGGCCGGGGAGCUCCUCCACGGCGGCCGGGGAAUCAACACCGAGCAUCGAGUGACACCAGCGCCAAGACCUCCUGUUAACCGCCAACACGCCGCUGCUGUGACUGUCAAUGUCGCGGCGGCACCACCACCCCCGCGUCACGUACAGGUACCGACGACGAGGGAGCUGAACGACGCGAAGGACGAGCUGGAGAAGGAGCGGGAGGAGAAGCACAAGAUGGCAGGCUGCAUCCUGUCUCUCCAGGAAGAGCUGAGCAACGCCAUGAGAGAGCUGAAGAAGCUCAAGGCUCGUGACGAGGAGGCUCAGGCCAAGGUCAUUGACCUGCAGGUGGAGGACCUCAAGUUCAUGGAGAUCAACAAUCAACAGAAGCAGCAGCACCGGAACCAGAGCCUGCCAACAAGCAGUGUCAACGUCAACAUGGCCGCGAAACACGCCGCCGAGUUCCAGAAGAAGCGGUACGUCACCUUCGCCGACCCGCCGACGGCCGCAUACGACCGGGCGCCCUCGCCGCCCCGAGCUCUGCCGGACGUGGUGCUGGAGCUGCAUCAUCAGCCGCAGUACGUGCCGUCGGGCCGGCCGCAGUACCGCGAGGUGCGGUUCCAGAGGCAGGUGUCGGCCGGGCACGAGACGGUGAAGAAGGUGAUGGCAGCCGCGGCGGAGGAGGAAGGGAGGAAAAAGAAGAAGAAGCCGCUGAUCCCUCUGGUGGGCGCUCUCUUCAUGAGGAAGAAGAAGAGCUCCUCGGGCGGUCACCACGACGACGGCUCGUCGGCGGUCAAGCCGCGCCCGUCGUUUUGAGCCCAUCCGCUGAGAUGCAUACAUGAGCUCCUUACUGGCCGUUGGAUCUUCGAGAAUAUAUAUACGAUGCACCUGUAUAGGUUGAUAGUCAUUAAUAAACGUGUAUAACAGGCAACACCUGCAUGUAUAUUUUUGUGCAUCAGUUCAAGAAAAAGGACAUGGAAUCA